AUGUCUUUGGGCGGAAUAGUGGAUGCCAUCGUUGGAAACAAUGAUGGGGAAAAGGUGAAAGGAAGAGUGAUUUUGAUGAAAAAAAAUGUUUUAGACUUCACUGAUAUAAGUGCUUCAGUUGUUGAUGGGGUUGCUGAUUUACUUGGCCAAAAAGUCUCUAUCCAAUUGAUAAGUGGUUCUGUUAAUGCUGAUGGUUUGGAAGGGAAACGCAGCAAACCAGCAUACUUAGAGAGUUGGCUUACACACAUCACCCCAAUAAUAGCAGGGGAAUCAACUUUUAGUGUCACUUUUGAUUGGGAUCACAAAGAGUUUGGAGUUCCAGGAGCAUUCAUCAUCAAGAAUCUUCAUCUUAAUGAGUUCUUCCUCAAGUCACUCACACUCGAAGAUGUUCCUAAUCAUGGAAACAUCCAUUUUGUCUGCAAUUCUUGGGUUUAUCCUUCUUUUAGAUACAAGUCUGACCGCAUUUUCUUUGCAAAUCAGGCUUAUCUCCCAAGUGAAACACCAGAACCAUUGCGAAAUUACAGAGAAAAUGAACUAGUGGUUUUGAGAGGAGAUGGAACUGGAAAGCUUGAAGAAUGGGACAGGGUUUAUGACUAUGCUUGUUACAACGACUUAGGUGAUCCAGAUAAGGGCGAAGAGUAUGCUAGGCCUAUCCUUGGAGGGUCCUCUGAGUACCCGUAUCCUCGUAGAGGCAGGACAGGCCGGGAACCAACGAGAACAGAUCCUAAUUGUGAGAGCAGGAACCCAUUGCUUAUGACCUUAGACAUAUAUGUGCCAAGGGACGAGCGAUUUGGUCAUGUGAAGAAUUCAGACUUCUUGACAUUUUCCUUAAAAUCCAUUUUGCAAACUCUUCUCCCUGCGUUUAAGGCUUUGCUCGAUAACACGCCUAAUGAGUUUGAUAGCUUUGCGGAUGUACUUAAUCUCUAUGAAGGAGGAAUCAAGUUGCCUGAAGGCCCUUUGUUGAAAACCAUUACUGAUAGCAUUCCCUCGGAGAUACUAAAAGACAUCCUUCAAACUGAUGGUCAAGGCCUACUUAAGUACCCAAUUCCUCGAGUUAUUCAAGAUGAUAAAACUGCAUGGAGGACGGAUGAAGAAUUUGGGAGAGAAAUGUUGGCGGGAAUCAAUCCAGUCGUAAUCAGUAGACUCCAAGAAUUCCCUCCAAAGAGCAAGUUGGAUCCAACCAUAUAUGGAAACCAAAACAGUACAAUUACCACAGAACAUGUGAAGGAUAAGUUGGAUGGAUUAACAGUGGAUGAGGCAAUCAAGACAAACAGGUUAUUCAUAUUGAACCACCAUGACAUCGUGAUGCCAUUAUUGAGGAAAAUUAACAUGUCAGCAAACACAAAAGCCUAUGCCUCAAGAACUCUGCUCUUCCUACAAGAUAAUAGAACUUUGAAGCCACUAGCUAUUGAACUAAGCUUGCCACAUCCAGACGGAGAUCAAUUUGGUACUGUUAGCAAAGUAUAUACACCAGCUGACCAAGGUGUUGAAGGUUCUAUCUGGCAGUUGGCCAAAGCCUAUGUAGCAGUGAAUGACAUGGGCAUUCAUCAGCUCAUUAGCCACUGGUUGAAUACACACGCGGUGAUCGAACCAUUUGUGAUUGCAACAAAUAGGCAACUAAGUGUGCUUCAUCCUAUUCAUAAACUUCUUUAUCCUCAUUUCCGUAACACAAUGAACAUAAAUGCUUUAGCAAGAGAGACCUUGGCCACUUGUGGUGGUUUUGUUGAGACGUAUCUUUUUCCUGCCAAAUAUUCCAUGGAAAUGUCAGCAGCAGCUUACAAAGAUUGGGUUUUCAAUGAACAAGCACUUCCUGCUGAUCUCAUCAAAAGAGGAGUGGCGGUUGAGGACUCGAGCUCCCCACAUGGCAUUCGUUUACUGAUUCUGGACUAUCCAUAUGCUAUUGAUGGCUUGGAAAUUUGGGCAGCAAUCAACAGUUGGGUAACAGAAUAUUGCAAGUUCUAUUACAAAUCUGAUGAGACAGUACAGAAAGACACUGAACUCCAAGCUUGGUGGAAGGAGCUCCGUGAAGAAGGACAUGGCGACAAGAAAGAUGAGGCUUGGUGGCCUAAAAUGCAAACUCGACAAGAGCUCAUAGAUUGUUGCACCAUCAUUAUAUGGAUAGCUUCAGCACUUCAUGCAGCAGUCAAUUUUGGCUUAUACUCUUACGCUGGUUUUCUCCCUAAUCGCCCUAGUUUAAGCUGGAAUUUGAUGCCAGAGCCAGGAAGUGCUGAGUAUGAAGAGCUCAAGACAAAUCCAGACAAGGUAUUCCUCAAAACAUUUGUUCCUCAGUUGCAGACACUGCUUGAAAUGUCCAUCUUUGAGGUCUUGUCAAGGCAUGAUUCAGAUGAGGUUUACUUGGGACAAAGGGACUCACCUGAAUGGACAAAGGAUAAAGAACCACUUGUAGCUUUUGAGAGGUUUGUAAAGAUGCUGAAUGAUAUCGAGAAUCGAAUUAUGAUAAUGAAUAGUCAUAAGAGUUGGAAGAACAGGUCAGGGCCUGUUAAAGUUCCAUAUACUUUGCUCUUCCCCAAAAGUCAAGAAGGACUCACAGGCAAAGGAAUUCCCAACAGUGUGUCUAUAUAGAACUUAUUAUUGAAUCCGUUUGUUGUGCUUG